AAAAUAAUAACGACGACCUUGACUCGACCCCUUCAAAGACUCGAUCUUUCUAUCCUGCUUUCAGUGUACCUAUUUAUUUAGAGCAUCUGCAGCGUAGCAACCCACCCUGCAUAUAUGCUCUUAGAAGCAACCAACUCACCGCUGCAUACGUUCUUUAUGGAAUAGGUAUCCACUGGGUUUUGAGGCUGAAUCGUUAACUUGACGGGGUGAGGUUUUUGACAGGGUACAACUUUGACAUGCGGUUGCAGUCGCGGAUGCGGUCACGGUUGCAGUUACAACGGUUGCAGGCGAAGGACAAAGAUUUGGAAACAUGGCUAGAAGCAAAAAUGGAAUUGUUGGCUGCCAUACGAUUAAAUGAAUGUCAGCCACACAGCAUUCCCAUUGUUCCGGAGGAACUUGGGAAAUGGAGCAAGAAAGAGUACGAGCCAAAGGUGGUGUCGAUCGGGCCCCGGUUCAAGGGAAGAAAGGAACUUCUACCAAUGGAAGAGAUCAAGUUCCGUUGCAUGCUUCACCUUUUUCAUAGAAAACCAUACACUUCUCUCAAGGCAAUGGUAAAAGGCUCUAUGAGAUCCAUGUUGAGCUUAGACGCAGCUGUUCGCACUAGCUAUGGGGAACAAAUCGAUUUGGACAGCUACGGUCUAGCCACCAUUAUGUUACACGACGCUUGCUUUCUCUUAGAGCUUUUCAUUUCUCAAUCUGUGGAAUGGAAUUCAAAGCUACAACCCGACGAUGACACACUCCCUCCUAGCCCAGCAGCUGAACUCGGGAAUAUCGAACUCAUCUUGAGCGAUCUCACCUUAUUAGAAAACCAGAUACCCUUUUUUGUUCUUUAUAACGUCUUCUUUCAAUUUUUUCCCAGACUCACUCCUGGUGACAAGUUGUUUCGCUACAAGAAAUGCGUUAGAAUUACACAAGAUUUGGCGCUGUCUCUUUUUGGCUACUCUCGUGAUUCAAGUUCUACCUCUAUUCCCGAUCCCAUUGAAGCCUCUCACAUUCUUCAACAUGUUCACUCCUUCAUUCUCAAUCCCCAAAGCCACCAUGGUUCAUGUGUUAUUGAUAUUGAAGUUGAUGUUAGUAAACAAAUAGAACCCAAAUCCAUGGUUCAUGUGUUUUUGAUAUUGAAGUUAAUGUUAAUAAACAAAUAG